UGGACCACACGGCCAGCUCCUACGGAACCUUCCAAACCAUCCAACCCUACCACAGGUCACCCUCGAUCAAGACAACAUGCCCACCACUCACAGCGCGCCGUUGUAUGUUCUGCAGCAGCAGCUGUUGUGUUGGCCAACCCGCGCCUCCCUGAUCAUCUGCCUCUGCUCUUGCCAUCGUCAACUGUCGUUGUUAUUCGUUCUUUCUAUUGCUGUCCCGUGGCUAAUGACUCUGUUUGACCCAAGCGCCUCGCGACCAAGCCAACAGACCUUCAAACCGACGACAGACUCUCUGCAUUCCAUACGCCUCUGACUUCUCUCACCUGACCAGGCUAUACACUCUCUUUUAGCUGCCUGCUUUUCUUUACCCAUUUACUUGCCUAUAUUCUGCAUCAUUCAUCUCUUGAUCGGACCUCGAUGACUUGCUCCGGCCUUCCACAUGCCGCCCGUUCUCGCGCUUGAUGAGAGACACAUGCAGCUCUCUUUUUCCCCCAGCCCAUUCGCGCGACUCGGCGACCCUUCCCCAUGUCCAACUUGUUGCAACAAUCAUGGACAGAAUCGGAGAAAAUCACCCUGCUGAUCAACAUUCUUCAAGGCGCCGUUCGUGACGUUCCUGCCUAUCUUCUGCAGGGAAUUGUACAGAAUGGCUUGCAACCUAGAUGGGAGGACAUUGCACUUCCUGAAGGUCGUUCGCUCAAUGCUUGCCGCCAUACCUACGAGGAUCUCAAGCUUGCCAUGCAACCCACCGGCUCCUUACACUCGCCUAGGCAUUUCGCGCCCUUUCACCACAUGAGAAUGGGAGCGAAUCCAACUCCCACGCGAGCAGCCUCCGAUCAUGACAUCCGCGCGGCUCCUCAAAGAGCAAUCCAGCCUCGUCCCCCGCGCACUUCAAAUUCUCCACGACCUCCCGCAACCAACGGCGAAUCAUUCACCAUAAUCAGUGCAUAUACACCAGACCAAAUGCCAGAGCGUCGACGGAAGCGUGGCCGCCCGACAAAAGAGGAAGCAGAAGAACGCGAUCGAAGGCUCGCUGCAUCGGGACAAACCUACGAACGUAAAAAGCGACCAGCCAAAAAAGCCCGACCAUCAGAGACUCCCGGAUCGCUUUCAGAAUUCGCCGCAACUACCUCUCCCCAGCCACACACCCCAUUCUUGCAGCUGGAGACAGGACAUGAGGUUUCGAGCGGCAGGAGGUCGAUGCGACCGCAGGACGAUGACGAGUCAUCACUCCCUGCGCAACCUAGAUCUCCUCCCGAUGACUCUGGAAACGAGCGCAGCCUUGAUGUUGUCCCAAGUCCUUCGGAUAGACUGCUCUUGAGAUCGAACCUUCCUCAGGCUAUCCCUGCUGUCACUAGAGACAUGCCUCUCGACCGAAGCCCAACUUUGCGGCAAGAUCGGCCCCCGGUCCUACCAUCAGAUGAACCGCCUCCUGGACCAUCGUCCGCAUGACCCGUCGAUCGACAAAACUGUUUUGUGCCACCUGUUUUCGCUUUCAAAAGUAUAAUAAUUCUCCGCCAUCACCAUACCGCACCCAGAAUACCAUCAAUAACAGUACCUCGCAAACCAACAAAUGAGCCACGAAUAUAGAAAAAAGGAGAAUUAGUGCAUGAUACCCAUGUUUACGACGACGCAUUGCCGAGGGAGGAGGAUGGAUGGUUUUGACUCUCGCGCUGCUCUGCUCUGUUGGCUUGCUCUCCUCCAUUCUAGUCCGGUUUAUCAUUUGACACUACACCCUUGACACAAACAAAACACACCUUCUCCACACAAAUCGACGAUGAUUCAACAGCAAUCCACCUUUUCUGUUUACACCUUUGGAGUUCUAUCAGACCAGGCAAGCGUCGACCAAUGUUGCGCGGCUCGUGGUGACUUGACCAUCAAUCCGCAUGAGCAGGUCUCUCUUGUUGUUCUGAAAUAUAACAUACCUAAUAACCACAAUACAAUCGUGAUCUGCGGGUCAGGUCUACUGCCGGGAAAAUCGGAAUCGUGAAGAUGACCCCAGCAGUUCAAAAACGAACAUGCAAACCAGGAAUCAAGGACAUGGUGGGGAAUAGGGCUUGCAACGAAAGCAUCCCGUCAAACCUACAAGUCCGGAGAUCUCUACAAGACAUUUUAGACUUCUUGAUUCUUCGACGUUAGUAUUUCUAGCCAGGUAAAACGAACGCCAAUUUUAUGGCCUUGUUAAAGGCCCAUCUUCGUCACA